AUGUUGAACGUUUACGUGAGAAGCUCUGCAUCGAGCAGGAGAUCCCCCUGCGCCUGCAAGCUCCUUGGUUGCAAAACAAUGCCGACCAUCAUCAACAAACGGCAACAACAGGCAGCCCUUCAACAGCAGCAGCUGCAACAACAACAACAGCAGCAGCAGCAGUUGCUGCAGCAGAGCCCUCAGCAUCGGCCCAGCGCUAUCGGCGGUGUUCCCAGCACACCCCUUCAAGCCGUGCACCCGCAACGAGGUCUUUAUGCAACACCUACUCCUGCUAUGCAGCCUCAGGCCAAGAGGUCGUCCGCUGCACGCGAUGGGCAUGCCCGACCGCGGCCCAAGCGCAAGGCACCCGUGGACCCGCGCACCGAGCUGGCCAUUCUCAAGCGAGAGGCUGAGCUCUUGGCCCGAGCACAGGAGCUCAAACUUCAGGGCUUUUGGUCCGCCAAGCCCCUGGCUCGCGUUGCUGAGCCGCCGCGCCAAAAGGUGCACCACGACUACCUAUUGGAGGAAAUGCGCUGGCUGGCCAAUGACUACUUUCAAGAGCGUCGCUGGAAGCUGGUAGCGGCAAAGCAGCUGGCCGAAGAGGCAGUCUUGGAGUGGCGAGCCCGUCAGCAACGUCAAUCCGCCGCGCUGGCUACCAUGGGAGGCUCACGUCGAACCGCUGCGCUUGUAUCACGAGCCGUUGCCGGCUUCUGGUCCACUUGCGUUGCAGAGAUUGCUGCCGAAGCCGCCAGUGCCAGCCCCUUGGUGCACGGUUUUGGUCACUCAUCCUCAAGCACUGGCUCCUUUCCAGCGCUGGCCACGAGCGCCGACGCGGGGUCAGACUCUAGCACCUGGAUCAAACCAACCCAGGCCGGCACUGGCGGGCGAGCACAGCGCCCACCACGAGCCGGCAGCAGCGCAAGCCCACCCAGUAGCGCUCGAAGCACCGAACUCGGAGUUGUCAACUCAUCAGCACAAGCUACAGGUUCCACAAGCGCUGCUGCCGCUGCUGGCAGCAGCAACAAUACCGUCGUUCCCGGCGCCUCGUCAGCGUCUGCUCCUGAUGAAGAUCCUCUUUUCAACCCCGACGACCCUACACUUGGAGCUUCACCCUCAGACGCUGACCCAGCUGCCGAAGCCGAAGAGCCAGAGGAUUCAGAUGAAGAGGCCUCGGACAAUGGCGUGGAGGCUUGGUCCUGUGACAUGGCUGAGGUGGUCGAGGAAGUGACACAGCUGGCCAAAGACGCCAACAGCCGACCUUUACAUCUCCUGGACAUGCCACGGGCUGAGCUGUACCAGCUUGUUGAGGGUAGUUUGGCAGAAGGCCCUGAUGAACCCAAGAGUCGAGUCUCACGCUCGCGGCGGACACGCGCCCGCCGCGAGUCUGCAGAUGAGCCUGAUGAGCCCGAGCCACACAACGACCAAGGCUGGACUGACCUUUUCGCAGGUGCUCCGACAACGGCUCGCUACUGUCGCACGCUCAGCGAUCUGCAAUCGCUGGCCCAGCGCGUGGCCAGUUUGGACGACAGUGCCGCUGAAAACGCCGUCAAUGCCAUUCCAGAAACAAAAGACGAAGCAAAUGUCGCCGCCACCACAACGCCAGUGACUGGUUCUCAGCCAACUCCGACAGCAGCCUUGCCCGGAUCCAAUGAGCCUUCUGGCGGGACUCAUGAUAUCUCCACUCGCUCCAGCUCCACCACCGCGCCCGUUGUGACAGAUCUCAGCAGCUCGCUUCCAGAACAUGGUCAAACUGCGACCCGACGCCUUGCCGGCAUGCUUCGCGCCACGGGCGCCGCCAUUUGCGCCGAUUCUAACAGCCUGGAUCCCGAACUGGAGGUUGCGGCUGUUGUCGGCAGCAUGAUGGCACGGGGCCAGGUCAAGCGUGCGACAGUAGUCUGUCAGCCAAGCGCCAUGCACGUGUGGCGGGCUGCCUUUGAGCAAAUGGCCGUGCACGUGGCUCCUGCGGGGCGCCCAGCAAACGCUGCCAUGCCUGUGGACGUUUUGGCGUUUGGUGCUAGCGCCCGUGGUGGCACUGCUGCCGAGCAUCUGCUCAUUGUCAGCCUGGCCGGUGUGGAGGUCUUGCGUCCCGAACAUGUCCAACUGCUGGCAUGGACCUCUGCCUUUCGGCUCAUUCAAACCCCGGCCCCGCUACCCGAAUCACUUGACCUGCUUUGGUUUAUGGUCCACCUCUUGUUUCCGUGUCUCUACCCCACUUAUGCCCCGAGCCUGGAGUGUCUGGGGAAAGAUGGCUCAACCCCCGGUUCUACAAACUACACUCUCCCUGGGGCUCAAAGCGACGAUGGAGAGGCCUCGGAGGCUGGUGAUCGAGCAGCCCAAGUGCAAACGAAGAUUGAGCGCCUUCAACAGUUGUUGGAGCCGUGGUUGCUACGCCGGCUGCUCGAGGAUCUUCCAGACUCGAUGACGAGCAUUCCAAUGCACUUUGAGGCUGUGCCCAGGGAUAGCCGCGCGCACGCGGCAACAAAGCACGCCAUGCUGCACAAACCCAAGACUCGCGGUCCUCGAGAUGUGUGGCGGCACUUGGCGCAAUCACUCAUUUGCCUUGACGAACCUGAGCUACCCGCCGGGCCUCAUCACAUGUGGUUUUCUUGCGAAUUGGACCUGCCCCGCUGUUGCUUCCUCGACUGGCGUCCUAAUACUGCCGCUGGGCUCUCAAUCUUACACGCAGAACUAAGCGAUGCGCGCAGCAACCGUCAGCCUCAGCCGCGCCAGCGUUGGCGAGCAGAGCUCAACCCGCUUACCUUGGAAGGCGGGACGAGCGGAUUGGCUGCUCAACCGCGGAUCAAUUCUGUCGAUGCCCUUAUCGGCCGCGCCGUGCGCCAGCUGGUUCACAUUGAGGCACCAUCACCGGGGCAUCAGCUCAUCGUACCCUUACCAGACAUGAAUACUCUUAAUGCCUUUGUGCCAGCCGUGGCUGCCAUGCCGGUUUUAGUGCCUGGCGAUCUGCCCCCGACAAUCGGCUUGCUCGAUCGCCUCACGUUGCCUUCGCAGCCAUCCAUCCCAGCAAAGGUCGGAGCCCGGGCGCGCCACGUGACCGCCUGGGUCACGACGCGCCAUCGUAGCCAGGCCAUCUUGCUCAUCUUUCCCAACCCUUUUAUCGAGAGUUCGACGAAACGUGCCCUGCUGAAGAAGGGCCUUCGCUAUAUUGAUGUGCAACCCGGACCCAAGCCCAUGGUCGCCGGAAAACACGGCUCUGCCACCAUGGCUGAAUCAAAUGCAGGCGGUGCUUGCUGGCCCAAUUUUGUCGCCUCGCUGGAGGAACAAGGUACUUCUGCUUUCUUCUCUUGGGGCAUUGCUGAGCUUUGCUCUCAUCUCGUCGGACACUCGGCCCAACCGGUGCAUGCCUUUUACAUGGCGGGUACUUUGGAGGAGGCGUUGACCAGCACCAGCAUGGGAUCUAUGGGCAUUCAAAUGGGCUCCUUCAAGCAGACCGAGUUUCAGCACUGCUACGGCAGCAAGCCCCUGAAUGGCGUGGUCAACCAGGACGCCGGCACCUGCGAUGAGCUCGUAGCUGGCGCACUCAGAGAUCAACUUGCUGCGCUUGAUGGCGCUCAUCUUUUGUCGCGCAGAUCGGUCUGGAUCAAGGAGGGAGAAAUCCAAGGAACCCCGACAGCUUUGAAGUUGCAAGGUCUUGGCAAGCACGCACGUGUAGCAAUUCAAAGCCUGACAGCCACCAGCUAUUCGCGUGUUAUCGACAACAUUCGUGGCCGCCUCGCAGGACGUGCAUGGCUGUCCUUUCCUGAACGGAACAAGCUAUUGUUUGCAGAUGCUCGAUUCGACCCGAAGACGGAGCGGUCGUUGUUCUAUCACGGCCCAUCACUAGCUUAUGGCUAUGAGCGAUACAAGCAGCAACCGCAUCUGCAAGAACUAUACAUUCCUCCACAACCCAGCGCCCUAGACCAAGAGAUUGAUCUUUACAUGGAGCCGGCUCAUGUGUCGCACUACCGCGUUGGCUUUAUGUUCUUUUCACGCAAAGAGCCUGAUCGCUCCCGACGUCGACAACGUCGCAAAAAAAUUCGCGACAUCCGCACUCGGAAUGCUGUACAACCAGAAGACAUCCAAUUGUCGCAGACGUUUCAACUCAAAUCCAGCAAGGACCUGGCUGCCCUGCUGGCCAAGAAGCGCCGAACCAUGCCGACGGCCGUGGUUGGUGCAGUGGUGAAGGAUGACAAGAGUGCAACGCCGAAAGCAGCGGUCAAGGCUGCGGCCAGCAAAUCACCACUGGGUCCUCCCGCCAGCGUGCCCGGUGCCACUGGGGCACCGGGUGCUCCUGUGUCAGUAGCGGCUCCGCCACGGGGUAUCAUGGCCUCGCUGUUCCGAAAGAAAGAGGACAUGCGACAGCCCCGACCAGCGGCCAAAAUUCCAAGGCGCCCGCCCAAGCAGCUUGAGCGUGACGCAGAAGUCAACGUCAAUGCAGAGGAGUGGAAGAUUGAUGAAGAUUGGAUAUUGCUGCAAGCCGUGCGCACCCAUGUGCUGCCAUCCGGCCUCAUCAAUUGGAGCCUGGUUGCCAACGUCGUCAAUAUGUCCACCAGCUUUGCAGGCGUCCACCGAACGUCAGCACAAUGUCGAGAGCACUUCUUCAACGUUGUUUUACCACGCGAGGAAGGGCGCAGCGAAACAGAUGCUGCAGCACCUGCAGCCGCUACACCAGGCGACGACAAAAAGAAGUCCGCCAAACGCAAAAGCACGAAACGAGCCAAACGCGAGGAAAGCGAUGAUGCUGAGGAGGUGCUGGACACGCAAAACCUGUACGAAAACGACAAGCACAACACCGUGGCACAGUUUCACAAGUCGGCACUCAGCUCGAUUGUCAAGGCGGCACAAGCCAAGCGUGAGGUCAAAGUGCGCAAAGCAGAAACAACCAACAACUUUGAUAGCUUUCUGGCACAGCAGCACAUUUUGGAUGGUGCUGGCGCAACGCCGCAAAUCCUGGCUGCAGAACGUUUAGAGCGGCUAAAGCAAGAGGCGGUGCGCCGAGCUGCGGCAGCCACGGCAACUGCUGCUGCCGCCGCCGCCGCUGCAGCGGCCGCCGCCAACUCGACAAGCAGUACCAACGCUAGUGGCGCUACACCCAAUGGCGUAGCGAAUCAAUCAGCCACUGCCACAGCCCCCGCCAGUGGUAGCCUCACUACCACCGCCGCUUCAACGCAUGCUCGGGGCACCGUUGCCCCAAGCAUCGCUGGAGCAUCCACUACAAUGGCGCGCGGUGUGCCACGCUCUGGCGUCAUGCCCACCUAUACCCGCCAGGGUUCGAGUGCCCCCACGACGGCCACGUCCACGGCCAUGUCUUCGGCACCACAUCUCGUGCGUUCAAAUAGUGGCACAAUGCCGCCCACCUCGUCGGUGGCACACCGAGUAAGUGGAACCACGCGACCCGCCACCACUCAGCCAAUGACCAGCUCGCCCGGGAUGACCAUGGGAGGCACGCAAAUGUACGGACGUCGGGUGUCAGGAACUCCGUACAGCAAUGCCGCGUAUAUCAAUUCUCCCACGGGCAUGCCGUCGCGCAUGACGCCUGUGAGCCACGCUGGGCACGGCAUGCCCCAGCUUUCCGUGCCCGCCAACCGAGCAGCCAUGUCGACACAAAUUCUGCACCAAAUUCAGGCCCGUACCACGGACAUGAGCUUCAAGCUGAUGGCUGAUCGCAUUCACAGUGAUGUCAACAAGAGUGAAGACGUUAAGGUCUCUGAAUUGAACGGGCUGCUCAGCAAGGUGGCACCUCAAGUUUCACAGCAGUAUUCACAACAGCAAGCACGCCUUCAGCAGCUGCAGCUGCAGCAGCAACAGCAGCAGCAGCUCCAGCUCUCUUUGGCAACCUCUACGGCGACGUCUGGCGCCGCGACCACCUCGUCCGCGUCCGCACCGAGCUCAACUGCUUCGGCGACACAACAGCAACCGCUGCAAACCACUGCUCAGAGCACGCUGGGAACAUCUGUCGCCAGUGGCUCGAGCGGCGUCGGUCAGGUUCCACGGUCAACUGCAGGCCUAGUACAGCCCGUGACAAGCCACGCCCAACAACAGCAGCAGCUACAUCAAGCACAGUAUCAACGACAACAGCAGCAACAGCGUGCGCACGCCAUGCAGCAGGCGCAGCUACAACAAGCUCGGCAACAACAGCUCUACUCCCAACAACAGCAGCAGCAGAUGCAGCAGCAGAUGCAGCACAAGCAGCAGCCAGGCACUGUACAGGCGCAACCAACGGUGUCUCAGGCCCAAGCACCACCGCGUCAGACAAUGCCUCAGACACUGGUACAGCAACAACAACCGCAACCACAAGCAGCCCCCCAGCAACCACAAGCGUCUGCGGGCAGCGGCGCCCCUCCUGCGAGUGGUGCUGCAUGA